GUAACGUUAGGCGAGAGCUGUGACGCACAAAACUAUCACCGAGAUUAACUAGUCACAUUUAAUGCUGAUGCAUCAUGAAUAACGUUGGAUUACAUUUUCUUAUAUUAAUGCAUACAUAUAAUAAUAGGUAAACAUUUAUCUAAAGUUAUAAGUAACAGGUUUAUCGGCUGAGGGGAAAGCUGCAGGAGGAACUGAGAGAAGGCGCUGACAGUUCCUCCCGGACACAGAUUCUAUGACACCAAAACAAAACCGACCGGAGAGUUUGUAAUGAAAGAAGCAAAAAAUCAAACCGGAGUGAAACGGUCCGCUGACGGGCCAACUGGCUAACAGGCUAACAGGCUAACAGGCUAACAGGCUAACAGAGAAAUUAGAUGAAAGGCUAACAGGCUAACAGUUACUAGCGUACCUGGCUUCUCAACAGCAGAAGCAUCAGCACAGUCCGGAUCCAGCGGGGGACUAUAGCAGCUCCGACCCGGUCGAGCCCGCUCCCGACAGCAUGCAGGCGGAGUUUCGGGCUCCUCGGCGGCGCACCCGGGUGCAGGAGGAGUACGAAGCUCCGCUGCCGGUGAGCCGCAGCCCGGAGGAGAGGACCGACCUCCGUGCGGAGCUCAUCAACCAGCACGUGCUGGUCUGUCAUCCGGACCACAUCCAGAAAAUCCACAACCAGGGUUAUUUUGGGAAAGGAGUCCUAUCCCGAGCCAGACCGGACCACAGCAUCUCUGACCAAUGGGAGCAACACGAAGGUUUGUUUCUACCUGUCAUUCCACAGUCCAGGUAUGAGGAGCUUCUCAGGUGGGCGGGGGCAGCUCUCUCCGCUCAGGGAUUGGAUGAUGAGGUUGUCGGUCAAACCCUGCUCAAACUCUCUCAGCCUGUAGAGAUGGAGGAUGUGAGGAGGGAGGUCGGGGGGGGGGUGAACGGACAGAGGGGUGAAGAGGAGGAGGGGCCAGAACCACAAGGCGGAAUCUGUCCCCACACGAAGAGGCCGGGUCCAGGGUCAGAGGUCGAGCCAGAGGCCAAGAGAAGCUGCAGGUUGGACCCACAAGACCUGAACCUUGACCACAGCUCAGACCAGGACUCCGACAACCCUGAUCCUGACCCCAGCUCUGACUCUGAUCCUGAUCCUGAGCCUUUGGUUCCAGGUCCUGGUUUUGUCCUGGUGGUCUGUGACAGGGAGGUGAGUUCUCGUUCGAAUCCAGAUCUGUUCUCACCACCAGACUUAAAGGUUGGUGGGGGGGUCAGGGAGGUCAGACGGACUCCGUUCUCUCUGUCCGAGUACCUGCAGCUCAGUCUGGAGGAGGCCUUCUUCCUGGUCUACAGUCUUGGCUGCCUGUCUGUCUACCUCCACCAGAAGCCCUUGUCAAUCAUCCAACUGUGGAGGAAGUUCCGUUCGCUGCGUCCCGACUUCGUCAGCUCGUACGCAGCCUAUCAUCACUGUCGCAGCAGGGGGUGGGUCCCUAAGGGAGGGGGCGGGGCCAAGUACGGCGUCGACCUCAUGUUGUACAGGAAAGGCCCACCUUUCUACCAUGCCAGUUACUCCCUGGUGAUUCAGCGGGUUGACGAUGCAUUCAGGGGCUCGGCGUUGCGUUCGUUUUCGUGGCGUUCUCUGGCGGCUCUCAGCAGGAUCACCGCCAAUGUUGCCAAAGAGUUGAUGUUGUGUUACAUCAUCUAUCCAGCCGACCUCUCAGAAGCUGAGCUGGACUCACCUGAGUGUCUGAGCAGACUGAAGGUUCAGGAAGUGAUCGUCAGCCGGUGGGUUUCCUCCAGAGAGCGAGCAGAGCAGGACGACAUCUGAUUGGUUGACAGGAGAAAGUGGUGAUGUCAUAAAGAGACAGAGUGAACCAGUCAGAAACAAGAAGACAAGCAUGGACGUCAUAAGGAGACCAACUGAAAUCACAUUUUGUGUGUUUCAGCCUGAAAUAAUGUCAGUUUUUUUUUUUUUUUUA